AAAUAUUCUUCACAUAAGGUGCCCGCUAAAUAUAGAAAGUACAACAUAACCUCUGUUUGAAAAGAGCAAUCACAAAGAUAUUUUCUAUUUUUAGCGGCACCUUCACUAAUAAAUAGGGAGAUUGUCUAAAGAAACAAUACGUAUGAUAAUAAAAUUCCUCAUAGCUAAAAAUUUUCUGUGCUCCUUCGGAAUAUAAUUAUUCAUUGCUGUAGUGAGGGUUUUGAGUAUUGCUGUGGCUUUUGUAACUUGAGUUGGACCUUCUCUGAAUUGGAGGGAAUAUAAGGCUCAACUUUGGUUUCUCUCGGACCCGUAUGAACAACAUGAAAUUGAAGGAAGGAUGCAAUGCUGAGGUUUGCCGUUCAGAUGGGGGUAUAUUUCAGUCUUGGUUCCGGGCUUGGAUCAUUUCAUGUAAUGCACACUAUUACCAAGUCGAGUAUGACAAUCUUUUAGAUGACAAUGGAGAACGUGUUGUGGAAGAUGUACGGGCCGAUGCAGUUCGACCAGAGCCUCCGCAGAUGACAAAAAUGAGGAAAUUGGCUCCGGGGCAUAUUAUUGAAGUAUAUGAUAAUCAUGCAUGGAAGGCAGGUAGAGUUGUCAAAGUUUUACGUGGAAGAUUAUUUGUUGUAAAAUUAAUGGAAUCAUUACUAGAGAGGAAAUAUCAUCUAUCUGUUAUCCGUGCUCAGCUGUUUUGGCACCGUGAAAGAUGGCUGCAUAAUGAUGAGGUAGCACAAUCAGCUUUGCCUGUGCAAGAAAACAUUGAGUGUUCUGUAGCUAGUAGUAGCAGUAGCAAUGAGUUACAUUCCGAUAAGAAGAAUUCAAAACACGAAUUAGAAAUGAGUGCAUACCGUUCCACAAUGAGAGCUUUUUAUGCUUCGACUGGGUGUUUAACUUGGGAGCGAGAAACUUUACUGAGAAAUCUUCGACAUGAAUUGCACAUUUCUGAUGAUGAGCAUUCAUCGGAGUUGUCACGGUUGUGCUCAAGAAAAGAUAUGUAACUUAACUUCUUUGUAAGUUUCCUUCAGUGAUAUGUAAUUCAAAAUUCUUUCAAGAUUGCCUUAUGAGAUGUCGGUUCUUGUGUGCAGGCCUGGAAUUUGAC